UCCAUUUGUUUGUAUUAAUGAUUUAGUAGCCGUCUUGCCUGAAAACUUCCACCGUGAGUGACUGCCGUGGGUUUUCAGGCAGUCAGUGACCUUAAAGGUCCUGCAAGCUCCGUGAGUGCCAAGCAGUGAAUUAUGGGCUGGGUAUCCACCAGUGCAUCAUGAAGAUUGACUUUAUUUUUGCCCUCUUGAAGUUCACGUGCUUUAUGAAUUCACUCUCUAUUCUAUCUCACUGCCAUCUUCGUCAAUAUUGUCACCACUUCUAGAAAACAAGAAUUUUAGGCUUGGGCUUUGGCUCUCCCUUUCCUUCCUCCUGGAACACCAGUGUCACCUUUGUGUUCUACCAAAACAAAUCACUGUAGGUUAUUUUGCCCUUCAGAGAAGUACACCCUCUGGAGAAGUCACUUCAUGUACCCUGUACUUCUGAGAUAGAAGCCUCUGGUUCCUAAGGAUAAUUGAGAUCUUUCCUUGGGAGGAGACACUUCCUCUUGGUCACUUUCCACUUACUCUCCUGUUCUCUGUCACUCCCUCUGCUCUUCUUCUCUUCCUUUUGGAUUUAACAUUUGGUGUUGACUGCUGGGGUUCUUCUCCCAGUAGUGUGGCUUCUUUUUUUCUCCUAGGGAAGAGCAGAUUCUUGAAACAAUGGGCUUCACUCUGCAUUCUAUCUACUUCACCUUGAAGGUGAGUUUGCUGCUGGGCUCCUUGCUGGGUUUCUGUUUGGGUCUGGAGUUCAUGGGCAUCCCCAACCAGUGGGCCCGCUACCUCCGCUGGGAUGCCAGCACUAGGAGCGAACUCAGCUUCCAGUUCAAGACCAAUGUCUCUGCGGGGCUGCUUCUCUAUUUUGAUGAUGGUGGUGUCUGUGACUUCCUCUGCGUGUCCCUGGUUGAUGGGCGCAUCCAGCUGCAGUUCAGUGUGGACUGUGCGGAGACGGCAGUGGUCACAGACAAGCAGGUGAACGACAGCAGCUGGCACUUCCUGAUGGUCAGCCGCAACCACCUGCGGACCGUGCUGGUGCUGGACGGCGAGGCCAAGCCCGCGGAGGUGCGUCCGCAGCGCCAGUAUAUGAACAUCGUCAGUGACCUCUUCAUUGGGGGAGUGCCCCUGGACAUCCGUCCUGCUGCCUUGACUCUUGAUGGUGUUCUGAGUGAGCCUCCAUUUCAAGGAUUUAUCCUGGAUCUUAAAUAUGGCAAUUCUGAGCCGCAGCUCCUGGGCAGUCAAGGGGUCCGACUGGAAAUGGAAGGACUUUGCUCAGAAAACCCCUGUGAAAAUGGUGGCACUUGCUUCCUUCUGGAUGGCGAGCCACACUGUGACUGCUCAGCCACUGGAUAUGCUGGCAAGCUGUGUUCUGAAGAUGUCAGUCAUAUUCCAGGCUUCUCACACCUGAUGAUGGGUGAACAAGGUAGAAGUAAAGCGCGAGAUGAGAACAUGGCCACUUUCCGUGGCUCCGAGUACCUUUGCUAUGACCUGUCACAAAACCCCAUCCAGAGCAGCAGCGAUGAGAUCACACUCUCCUUCAAGACCUGGCAGCGCAACGGGCUCAUCCUGCACACGGGCAAGUCAGCUGACUACGUCAACCUGGCCCUGAAGGACGGUGCAGUGUCCUUGGUCAUCAACCUGGGGUCUGGGGCCUUUGAGGCCAUUGUGGAGCCGGUCAAUGGCAAGUUCAAUGACAACGCGUGGCACGACGUUAAGGUGACACGCAACCUGCGGCAGGUGACAAUCUCUGUGGAUGGCAUCCUUACCACCACGGGCUACACACAGGAGGACUACACCAUGCUGGGCUCAGAUGACUUCUUUUACGUGGGAGGGAGCCCCAGUACUGCUGACUUACCUGGGUCUCCAGUAAGCAAUAAUUUCAUGGGCUGCCUCAAAGAGGUUGUUUAUAAGAAUAAUGACAUUCGUCUGGAGCUGUCUCGCCUGGCACGGAUUGGUGAUACUAAGAUGAAGAUCUAUGGGGAAGUGAAAUUCAUAUGUGAAAAUGUGGCUACACUGGACCCCAUCAGCUUCGAGACACCUGAGGCCUAUAUUAGUCUGCCUAAAUGGAAUACCAAGAGGAUGGGCUCCAUCUCAUUUGAUUUUCGAACCACUGAACCCAAUGGACUGAUCCUUUUCACCCACGGCAAGCCUCAGGAGAGGAAAGAUACCAGAAGCCAGAAAAAUACAAAGGUAGACUUUUUUGCAGUUGAGCUUCUAGAUGGAAACCUCUACUUGCUGCUGGACAUGGGCUCUGGGACCAUUAAAGUCAAGGCCACCCAGAAGAAAGCCAAUGAUGGAGAGUGGUAUCAUGUAGAUAUUCAACGAGAUGGAAGAUCGGGUACCAUAUCAGUGAACAGCCGACGCACGCCGUUCACCGCUAGUGGGGAGAGUGAGAUCCUGGAUCUGGAAGGUGACAUGUACCUGGGUGGGCUGCCAGAGAACCGGGCAGGACUCAUCCUUCCCACAGAGCUCUGGACAGCAAUGCUGAACUACGGCUACGUGGGCUGUAUCCGAGACUUGUUCAUUGAUGGCCGAAGCAAGAACAUCCGGCAGCUGGCAGAGGCGCAGAAUGCCGCCGGGGUCAAGUCCUCCUGCUCCCGCCUCAGCACCAAGCAGUGUGACAGCUACCCCUGUAAGAACAAUGCAGUCUGCAAGGAUGGCUGGAACCGCUUCAUUUGUGACUGCACUGGCACUGGCUACUGGGGUAGAACAUGUGAGCGAGAGGCCUCUAUCUUGAGCUAUGAUGGCAGCAUGUACAUGAAGAUCAUCAUGCCAAUGGUUAUGCACACAGAAGCAGAGGAUGUGUCCUUCCGUUUCAUGUCCCAGCGUGCCUAUGGGCUGCUGAUGGCAACCACAUCCCGGGACUCCGCUGACACUCUGCGCCUGGAGCUGGAUGGAGGCCGGGUCAAACUCAUGGUCAAUUUAGACUGUAUCAGGAUAAACUGUAACGCCAGCAAGGGACCUGAAACUCUUUAUGCUGGGCAGAAACUCAAUGACAAUGAGUGGCACACUGUCCGGGUGGUGCGGCGAGGAAAGAGCCUCAAGCUCAUCGUGGAUGAUGAUGUUGCUGAGGGCACAAUGGUUGGUGAUCACACCCGCUUGGAGUUCCACAACAUCGAGACAGGGAUUAUGACAGAGAAGCGCUACAUCUCCGUCAUCCCCUCCAGCUUCAUCGGGCACCUGCAGAGCCUCAUGUUCAAUGGGAUGCUCUACAUCGACCUGUGCAAGAACGGCGACAUUGACUACUGCGAGCUGAAGGCACGCUUUGGGCUCCGCAACAUUAUAGCUGACCCUGUCACGUUCAAGACUAAGAGCAGCUACUUAAGCUUGGCCACCUUGCAGGCUUAUACAUCCAUGCACCUCUUCUUUCAGUUCAAGACCACCUCAGCUGAUGGUUUCAUCCUCUUUAACAGUGGUGAUGGCAAUGACUUUAUCGCAGUUGAACUAGUCAAGGGGUAUAUACACUACGUGUUUGACCUUGGAAAUGGACCUAAUGUUAUCAAAGGCAACAGUGAUCGUCCUCUGAAUGACAACCAGUGGCACAAUGUUGUCAUUACCAGAGAUAACAGUAACACACACAGCUUAAAAGUGGACACCAAGGUGGUCACUCAGGUUAUCAACGGUGCCAAAAAUCUGGAUCUUAAAGGUGAUCUCUACAUUGCUGGCCUGGCUCAAGGCAUGUAUAGCAACCUCCCGAAGCUUGUGGCCUCUCGUGAUGGAUUUCAGGGCUGUCUGGCAUCUGUAGACCUGAAUGGGCGUCUGCCUGACCUUAUCAACGAUGCUCUGCACCGCAGUGGGCAGAUUGAGCGUGGAUGUGAAGGACCGAGCACUACCUGCCAGGAAGAUUCCUGUGCGAAUCAGGGCAUCUGUAAUCAGCAGUGGGAAGGCUUCACCUGUGAUUGCUCCAUGACUUCAUAUUCUGGGAGCCAGUGUAAUGAUCCUGGUGCCACAUAUAUCUUUGGAAAGAGUGGAGGUCUCAUCCUGUACACCUGGCCAGCUAAUGACAGACCAAGCACGAGGACAGACCGUCUUGCUGUGGGCUUCAGCACAACAGUGAAGGAUGGCAUCCUCGUCCGGAUUGACAGCGCCCCUGGGCUGGGUGACUUUCUGCAGCUGCACAUAGAGCAAGGCAAGAUUGGUGUAGUCUUCAAUAUUGGCACGGUGGACAUCUCUAUUAAAGAGGAAAGCACACCUGUAAAUGAUGGCAAAUACCACGUAGUACGCUUUACCAGGAAUGGUGGCAAUGCAACGCUUCAGGUCGACAGCUGGCCAGUGAAUGAACACUACCCCACAGGCAACACUGAUAGUGAACGGUUCCAAAUGGUAAAACAGAAAAUCCCCUUCAAAUAUAACCGGCCUGUAGAGGAGUGGCUGCAGGAAAAAGGACGACAGUUAACGAUCUUCAACACCCAGGCGCAAAUAGCCAUAGGAGGGAAGGACAGAGGGCGUCUCUUCCAAGGCCAGCUCUCCGGGCUCUAUUACAAUGGCCUGAAAGUGCUGAACAUGGCGGCAGAGAACAACCCCAACAUUAAAAUCAAUGGCAGCGUCCGACUCGUUGGGGAAGUCCCUUCCAUCUUGGGAACAACGCCCACAACAUCGGUGCCACCAGAAAUGUCGACUACAGUCAUGGAAACCACAACCACGAUGGCGACCACUACCACCCGAAAAAAUCGCUCCCCGCCCAGCAUCCAGACAACAGAUGACAUCGUUUCAUCAGCUGAAUGUUCCAGUGAUGAUGAAGAUUUCAUUGACUGUGAACCCAGUACAGGUAAGUCAGGAGGUGAAUUAGUUAUCCCUCUACUUGUAGAAGACCCUUUAGAUAUCCCUCCUAUUGCUACUCGUGCACCUUUCAUUACACUUCCCCCUACCUUUCGCCCCCUCCUCACCAUUAUUGAGACCACCAAAGAUUCCCUGUCCAUGACCUCUGAGGCGGGGUUACCUUGCUUGUCGGACCAAGGCAGCGAUGGUUGUGAUGAUGAUGGCUUGGUGAUAUCUGGGUAUGGCUCAGGGGAAACCUUUGACUCUAACCUACCCCCUACUGAUGAUGAAGAUUUUUACACCACCUUCUCCUUGGUAACAGAUAAGAGUCUUUCCACUUCAAUCUUCGAAGGUGGCUACAAAGCACACGCACCCAAGUGGGAAUCCAAGGACUUUAGACCUAACAAAGUCUCCGAAACUGGUAGGACUACUACCACGUCUUUGUCCCCUGAGCUGAUCCGCUCCACAGCUUCGUCCUCGACUGUGAUGAUUCCCAAAUUGCCAGCCGGCAAAAUGAAUAACCGUGAGCUCAAACCCCAGCCUGACAUAGUCUUGCUUCCGUUGCCCACUGCCUAUGAGCUAGACAGCACAAAGCUGAAGAGCCCGCUAAUCACUUCCCCCAUGUUCCGUAAUGUGCCCACAGCAAACCCCACGGAGCCGGGAAUCAGACGGGUUCCGGGGGCCUCAGAGGUGGUCCGUGAGUCGAGCAGCACAACGGGGAUGGUCGUCGGCAUUGUGGCUGCUGCCGCCCUCUGCAUCCUCAUCCUCCUGUAUGCCAUGUACAAGUACAGGAACAGGGACGAGGGGUCCUAUCAGGUGGACGAGACGCGGAACUACAUCAGCAACUCAGCCCAGAGCAACGGCACGCUCGUGAAGGAGAAGCAGCAGAGCUCAAAGAGCGGCCACAAGAAGCAGAAAAACAAGGACAAAGAGUAUUAUGUGUAAAAAGAAUUAUUAUUUAUAUAUAAAUAUAGAAAUACUUAAUGAGAUUUAACUGAGAUAUCAGAACCAUUGCAGCGAACGAGAUGAUUGGGAGAUAUCGUUUGUGGGAAAAAGUAUUGGGAAAAAAUUUCAGCAGUGACUGUUAAUGUCUAAGUCCUCACUUGGAGUCAGCAAACUUUGCCCUAAUGUAUUAUAAAGCACACUUGGCGUUCUGGAGAUGGCGCACACAGCUCUGCUCUGUUAGUGAACUUGGACAUCUCCAAAUCUCCUCCUCCGCUGAACUUUCUGCAAAGGUAGAAGACUUCAUGGCUUACUUGUUUCAUAUCUCCAAGUGAGUCUUUAACAAUGUUCGUGAUCCCUGACUGUAUCAAUAAUUUUUCAGUUUACUUAUUUAAAAAAAAAAAAAAAAAAAGGGAAAAGAAAAAAUAUAAACAUUAUUAAACAACAAAGAUAUAUUGAACAAACUGAUCUGGCCGUGUCCAGCAUACACAUAACUUUUCGAGAUUGGAGGAGGGGAAUAAAUGAGUUUGGAGAUUGUUGGGUUUUUUGUUUGAUUUUGUUUUGUUUCUUGGGUUGCUUUUUGUUUGGUUUCUUUGGUUACUUUGGGUGAGGGAGGGAAGAGUGGAGUGGAAUGAUGUGGGGGGUGACCCAUGACACGAGAAGAAAUCUCAGAAAAAAAAUCCAUAAUAAAUAAAGAGAGACUAUUGCCGUAUAUGAAUUCAAAAGCUACCCAUGGUGUUUACUCUGCAUAUCUGGUUGUAUUGUCUCUACAAUCCAUCUUCUUGUAGUAAGUUGUUUGCUAACAACGCAGUGACAGUGUCUGAUGAGUGGUGCUGAGGAAAAUUGUCAUGGAAAGCUGGUUCUCUUGGUUCUGGCUCCAGUAUCUGCAAUUGAACUGAAGAGCAGAUGGGUUUGGGUCUGUUCUGAUCAGUUAUUGGCUUUAUUUGAGUAUAGCACUCAGUAUGCAUUUGACAACCAAAAUAUGGUUAAUGGGAUUCAGAGAUUCAAAAAAGAAUGCUUAAGUUAUUAACUGUUCUGAACUGGAUAUACUGUGCAAAAGUAAAGGAGCCUUCCUCUGGGAUCUGGUUCUGUGACAUUGCAAUGCAUGCAAAAAAUAAUAAUAAAUCAGUUUAAUAAAGUGAUCAGAAAGACACCACUGGAGUUCAACUUGUGACAAGACCAAUGAACAUCAGAAAAGCUAAACACUUGUAAAAGAAUGCAAAUUACAUAGUUUUUUUGACAUAUAACUGUUUUUCAUAUGUAAUAUUUUAAUUUUGUAGCUUGACAUUUCAGAUAAUCUCUGUCUUUCCAUUUGCCCUAUUCUCCCUUUUCCUUCUCUUUUAUAUAAAAGAAAAUAAAUAAAGCUGCUGUGACACACAAAAAAUAAUAAAGAAAAAUUAAUUUAAUAAUUUAAUAUAUAUAUAUACACACAGAUAUAUUUAUCAUGGUAUGUUUGAUGGGACGGCUGGAACAGAAGUUCUGUUAUGGUCUUAAUGCAGAAUGAGAAUGUUCUUGAAGAACAGAGUAAAAAGAAACAGACAACAAAAGCAAACCUUAAAAUGUGAGGGGAGCGUGUGUUUUAGCUUUGUCACAGUUACCUGUGUCAAAAAAAAAAAAAAAGAAAUUUUGUUUACAUAUUUUACUACUAUUUUUUUGCUAGUAUAAUUUCUAUAUGGAUACCCUAAUGGUGUAUAUACUGUUUUAUGGUUAAAUUGGGAAUGUCUUAUGUUUUAUUUAACUUAUUUAAUUUGGUUGUUUGGUUUCUACAUUUUCCCAGUUAUUGUGAAAAGGAUUAUCUUACUGUACAGAACAAUAGUGAGGUGGCAUGAUGGCCAUGCCUAUCAUGUGCAAAAAAGUAGAUGAGGGAGAGAGAGACAGUGGGAAACAACAGAAACCAAGAUGGGUUGAGAGCCCUGGGAUAUCAGAAAUGAAAACUUUUGCUGUAUGCGGAUGAAAACUAAUCAGCUGUUUAGGUUUAGAAAUCUACUCUUGCUGGUGUUUAUAAGUCGCAUGAAUAUUUGACUUUGAAGAAGUUUCAUCAGAUAUAACACACGCACAUGGGAACUUAAAUUCAGAAAAACAGUCUUCUCAAACACUUAGAGAAGGCACUUUCAUGUUAACAAAUAUUUUCAGUGCGUGUAUGUGUGCGUGUGUGUGGUGCGUGUGUGCGUGUGUGAGGUUGAGCUUUUUCUUUUUUAUUUUUUAUACUAAAAAGAAAAAAAGACAGGUUUUAAAAAGGUAUGAAAGCACGAUUUUAGAUGACUUAACUGGCCGAAACUAUAUAAAAGUUGAUUAUAUCUUGGUGUCUGUAAAAGAUUGCUGUUCUUGGAGUCUUGGAGUCUUGUGAAAUGAUUUCCUGCUUUCUUUCUUCCUUUCCUUUUUGCUUUCCUUUUUUAAGUUAAAGGAAAAAUAUUUACACUUUCCUUUUUUGUGUAAGUUUCUAUUGGACAGUUUUUGGGAACAUGUGCAUUUCUGUAUGUGGGCUACUACCAUAUCCCUGUUGCUUUAUGGACAACCUGGAGAAUUUUUAUUUGAGUUAUCGUGAUGUUAUUGCUUUUUUUCCCUUUCUUUUUCUUCUUCUUUUUGAUUCUUUUUCUUUUCUUAGUUGCAGUUUGUUUAAAGAUAUGCUUAGCAAUAAAAUGUUCUUCCCAAA